AUGGUCCCGACUAUACCUUCCAUCAUGUUUAUUUUCGGAGUGGUGGGAAAUGUCAUCGCCAUCGUGGUGCUCUGCAAGUCCAGGAAAGAGCAUAAGGAGACCACGUUCUACACGCUGGUUUGCGGUCUGGCUGUUACGGACCUUUUGGGGACCCUCCUGGCCAGUCCAGUCACCAUCGCCACUUACGUGAAAGGAUCUUGGCCAGGUGGGGACCCACUCUGCCAGUAUUUCGGAUUCAUCCUCCUCUUCUUCUCUUUAGCGGGGCUCAGCAUAAUAUGCGCAAUGUCCGUGGAGAGAUACUUGGCGAUAAAUCAUGCGUAUUUUUACAACGACUAUGUGGAUCAGAGACUGGCGGGGUUGACUCUUCUGGCUAUCUACAUCUCCAAACGCGCUUUUCUGCGCUCUGCCUAGCAUGGGUCUGGGACAAGUCAAAAAGCAGUACCCACAAACCUGGUGCUUCAUAGAUUGGCGGAGCAACGUGAGUACUGAUGCCGCCUUUUCUUACAUGUACGCGGGGUUCAGUUCGAUUCUAAUUCUGGCCACGGUGAUCUGUAACGUUCUGGUGUGCGGGGCUUUGAUCCGGAUGCACCGGCAGUUCGUUCGGAGGAUGUCCUUGGGGACAGACCCAGGGCGGAACACAGACCCAAGAAGGAGACGCAACUUCGGGCAUCUGGCAGGCGCGGAGAUCCAGAUGGUGAUUGUACUCAUCUGCACCUCAGCGGUGGUGCUCAUAUGCUCAAUUCCACUAGUUGUACGUUUGUCUUCUCACUUUGUGAAACAUUUUACUCCUUUUCCUAUUAGCACAAAUACCAUUUUAAUUAUUUACGCACAAUAUUCACAUUUACACACGAUUUUAUAUUUUACGCCUGUACAUCGUUGUGAAUUUAAAAAAGAUUUAGUUGUUUCCUCCAUGAGUUGUUAAUAGUCCCAACAUGACAUUAGAAUAGUUUACUCAUAGCUUAUGCGCAUAGUAGUGUAGGCCUAUAUUGCAUAUUCUGCUUUGUACACUGCUCAAAUCAGUCUCCAUAAGGACAGGUGUGCAUUCAGACAACUAGAUCUUUAAAAUGGUUAGUCGUGAUUUGUUGAGCAAUUUGGCAAUGCAUCACGAGCACAAGCACGCGCGCACGCGCACACGUACACACACACACACACACACUUCAAUCAGAUUCAAUUCAAUUUACCUUGCAGGUGUCAGCAAGCUGUAUAAAACAUAAAUAUCAAUGUCAAUUCAAUUCAGCUGGGCAAAAUAAAGUUAUUCAAUUCCAUUAAUUAUCUCUCCCUUGCAGGUGCAGGUGUUUCUGAACCAGCUGUAUAAGACUCCUGUGGAGCUGAGACUGGAAAAGAACCCAGAUCUGCGGGCAAUCCGCUUCGCUUCCUUCAACCCCAUCCUGGACCCCUGGAUCUACAUCCUCCUCCGCAAGGCCAUGCUCCUCAAGCUCAUUGAGCAGAUCAAGUGUCUGUUCUGUAAGAUAGGAGCAUCGAGGCAGCAGAGACAGAACUGCCACUGCAUGGAUGCACACCAGCUCCCCUCCUUCAUCUCCUCUAGAGAGUCACCCUCACUGGUGUCCCGCGAGCUGAGGGAAGUUUCCAGCACCUCUCAGACCCUUCUCUACCUGGCCGAGGGAAGUGAGACGUACACAGGAAGCUGCCAUCACACAGGAGAGCAGUUUGGGUUCCGCACUUCCUCUGUCCAAGACCCCCGAAGUUCUUAUUCAUCAGAGCAGAGCAAUACAGAGGACGGGAGCAGAGAGGCGCCAAAUCUAACCAGGGACCUCUCUGGUGCGGCAGGAAAGACCACUCAAUUGUGUGUGAAAGACCAGGCUCUUCAUGUGUCGCGAAGCAAUGAGACAGUACAGGAGAAAUGCAUAUAA